UUGUUUAUCGGUAAAUAUUAAUGAGAAGUUUAAAAAAGAAAAUCAGCUUUCUGCAUCCCAAACAUUAAUUGCAUCUGCUAUGGACGAAAAUAAUACAUUGCACAGAUUGCGCGUGAAAGAAGAAGUGUUUAAUAUUAUGAAAGCUGAUAAUAUAUCCUUAGUGGUUAAAACUGAUCCACUAAUUUGUCAUUUUGGGGAGCAAUAUCUCAAAAAACAUAAUAGAAAACAGAUGAGGUUAGAGUGUUCGAAUAAAACGCGCGAACUUGCUAAACUUCUUAUAGACGUCAGAAAUACAAAAAGUGAAAAUGGUCGCUUCACCCUGGUAGACCUAAUGGAUCCUGUGUUAUUCGAUCUUGUGGUAGAGUCGGCUAAGAGAAUUGGUGGAUAUGAUCCUGCCAGUAAAACAUAUAGAGCACCUAGUUUAUCAGCUCACAUAGGAACAACACUUAAGCAAGCAGGCGAAUUAUUAAUACUAAAAAAAGAUCCAUCCAUAAAGAGUACUGAUCCCGAAAUGAAAAUAAAAGAAGUAAAACGCUUUCGAGAUCUCAUUGCUUCGCAGUGGACUACAGAGAUUAGUAGCCUAGCUUUCAAAACUAUGUGUGAAACUAAAUGGAAUAAACCAGCUAUACUGCCGCUAACUAAAGAUAUAUUAAAAUUUAAAGAUUUUGUUAUUCAAUGUGGAAAUAAAGCUGCUGCUAAUCUGAAAAACGACCCAAAUAAUAAAAAAGAAUACAGAAUUUUAACUGAUGUGUGCCUAAUAUUAACAAUUCUUUAUAAUAGAAAGCGUAUCGGCGAUGUUCAAUACACUAACCUCGAUACAUAUCUUCGCAACUUUUCUUCUAUUAAUCAAGAUGAGUGUUUAAAUGCUUUGACGGAAUCGGAAAAAAUUUUAACAAAAAAUUAUAAAAGGGUGGUUACUGGUGGAAAAGGCAACCGGCCAGUAAUAAUAUUAUUCCCACGAGACAUUCAAGACUACAUAAACCUAAUGAUCGAAAUCAGACUAAAAACCAAUUUUAUUUCGCUGGACAACAGAUAUUUAUUUGCUUACCCAUAUAGUAAUCACUGACCAAGAGCAGAUGUCGCAAUAAGAAAAUAUGCGCAGAGAGCAGAUUUGGAAUUUCCACGUCAACUGACGUCCAAGAAGUUACGAAAACAAAUAGCAACUGUAAUGCAAAUUCUAAGGUUAAGUCCGGAAGAAGCUGAACAAUUUGCCACUUUUAUGGGUCAUACCGAAAAAACCCACAAUGAAUUCUACAAGUAAGUUUUAUAAAGGGCUUUUCCCGCAAAUUGUUACACUUAAUCGCUAAUAGCAUUUCCCAAAUAUAGUUUACUUGUACGGAGAACGGAUCUACCUAUUAAGUAAACUGUACGCAAUUCAAUGCUUAUUGACAUAGGAUUCAAAAAUAACCUGAAACUAUAUUUCCAUUUAGAAAUAUAAUUUUGAAAGAAACUUCGUUUAUUUUUAAAACCUUUAUCUACCCAUGUGGAGUUAGGACUUAAAACUGCGUCAAUAUGGAAUUGAAAAUAGAAAAGACAAAAGUUAGAUUAUUGAUGUAGAAGUACAAAAAAUAUGCAAUAAUAAUAACUUUUUUCUAUCAAUAAGCCCUGAAUUACGUAGUCUUUACUUUAAAGGUAGGUCCAUCCUUCUCGCUGUGUGAAAGGAAAAUACGUAAUUCGGCGCAAAUUCAGUGUAUUUGACGUAGAAUAGGCCGCUUAAAGCUGAAUCUGACUUUCCGACAUUCGGCGAAAGUUCCAGUGGUAAGUACUUAAGUCGUAGAAAAAACUAGAGUAGACAAUUCCCAUGGUAAUUAUUACACGAAUUACGGCAUGACGUUAGCGAACUCAGAUAGGUACUAAUAUCAUUAUGUAAUAUAUUGUAUAUCAUGUAUUGUUAAAUAUAAGAUAUUAUUUUGGACUGCCGCAAGACCUUUAUCAAACGGCAAAAAUUCCAAGCUAUUAAUAAUGAUGGAUAAAGGGUGUGGAGCAGAGUAUAAGGGAAAAUCUUUAAAUGAAAUUAAUAUAAACCCAGAAAUCGAAUGCGUCGAAUCUGAUUGUGAAUCUGCCAGUGGGGAUGUAUGCACCCCAGUUGAAGAGAACGCUUUACCUUUUACUGAGCAGCCGUCAUCAUCAACGGAUGAAAAAACGUCAGGGAACAAAAAACGUUCAAAGGAUACCGGAAGAAGUUCUUGGACCGAAAACCAAGCUAAUAUAGUGUUAAAACACUUCAAAAAUGACAUUAAAAAGAAAAUUGCACCCAAGAAGCAUGAGUGCUUAGAACUAAUUGAACAGUAUCCCGCUUUGUUAAAAGAAAAAGGAUGGAUUCGCAUUAAAACUUAUGUUUACAAUGCGUACCGUCAAAAAUAGUUUUCAAGAAAAUAUCGUUUAUUAUUAAUUUUUACAGUUGUUGUCCACGAAAAGUAGUGUUUUUUGAUGUAGGUUUUUGUUAACAUUAUGUUAUUAUUACCAUUGCAUUUUACUUUAAUUUGUAUAUCCUCAAGGAAAUAACAUAUU